AUGUCCGACGGUCUCAAUGAUGCACGAGCUAUGAGGGUAGCGGAGAUCAUGUCCGACUUCCGCAACCUCCAACACUACCUUGUCCAGCUACGCGCCACGCCUACAGCGGAAGAGUACUACCUUGAAGGCUACUCUCUGCUCCGACAGUGCACAGCCGAAGCCCAGACCAUCCUCCAGACGCCCUUCUCUAGCAACAGCGGCGGAGCCACAGGGGAACCAGAGCGCGAGAGACAGCAGUUGAGGGCUAUCAUCACAGACGCUGCUGUACGACGCUUCCAGUGUCAGAGAGCUUAUCUACGAGCCCACGCUGGACUACGGUGGAUGAAUAGCCGGAACAGCAUUUUGCGCGGUCAGAAGCCAAAUGCGAGUCAUCUCAGUGCGCUACAGCAGAUUGAUGCUAUACUAAGGAGUGAACUCCUCGCCACCUCAGAUGCCUAUGUUGAAAACACGCUACGCGCCCAGGAUACUGCGCAGGGCAAAUGGCUCAACGAGGACCCAUCGCUGGCACAGAUCCAGCAGGUGCUCAUGUCGAGGUCAUAG